AAUAUUGUAACACUAAUUUCACUAUUUUUGUUGUUUUUUUUAUACAGAACGAACAACUGUUCAACGUUUUCUGUAUAAUCUUGUUCUAAGGAUGUGCAAACUUUUGCACACAACUGCAGCCAAUGCAUGAAUAAGACAUUUUUUCUGUCUCAUCUUUAAAUGCCAUGUUUGAUGUUUUUCUUCUCUUCCUGAUUGACAUUUUUUUCUGUUUUCACGUUGUAUACGCACGGCCCCUGAUACUAUCUAUUUCUGAACAUUCCACAAUCCGUGAGGAAUUCCAAACAUGUGAGCAAAUCAAAAUCUCAUUUAGUGAGUCUGAUCUCAGGCAGACAGCUGGGACGAGGAGGAGGAGGAGGAGGAAGAGAGAAGUGAGUCACUGUGAACCCGAGGGAUUGGGGAAAAUGAAUAAGAGGUUGUUUAUGCCAGCUCUGUGAGAUGCUCUUACUCAAUAGCAUCCAUUGUGUUUCAAUAAAACCCCAACCCAGGCCGAGCGUGAACAGUGAGAGUGUCCGAGAGGAGAGCAGCUCUGUGGAGGAGGGAGAGAGCUGGAGCACUUAUAAAACUUUUAUAAAACUCAACCAUGCACAUUUUAUCACUAGUUUAAUGGACUUUUCCCGAGAGGACAUGUAUCUACAAAUAAAUCCUUUUAGCAAGAACUGAUUCUCCAGAGCUGACUCACAAUGACUGUUUACAUUGACAUUUUGUCUUUUUUUUUAAAUCAGGAAAGAACUAUUCUAGUAGAAAUAUUAAUUUAUUUCUCCUAGUCAUACUGUACAUAAGUGGGCGCACGGUGGCUUAGUGGUUCGCACGUUCACCUCACACCUCCAGGGUUCGAGUCCCACCGUGGCCCUGUGUGUGCGGAGUUUGCAUGUUCUCCCCGUGCUGGGGGGUUUCCUCCGGGUACUCCGGUUUCCUCCCCCAGUCCAAAGACAUGCAUGGUAGGCUGAUUGGCGUGUCUAAAGUGUCCGUAGUAUAUGAAUGGGUGUGUGAGUGUGUAUGUGAUUGUGUGCCCUGCGAUGGAUGGGCACCCUGUCCAGGGUGUACCCCGCCUCGUGCCCGAUGCUCCCUGGGAUAGGCUCCAGGUUCCCUGUGACCCUGAAAAGGAGUAAGCUGUAGAAGAUGGAUGGAUGGAUACUGAACAUAAGUCCUACACUUAAAUGCCUCUUUAAGAGCAACUGAAGGAAUGAAUGAAAUUAAAUUAAUACCCAUUUAGGUUAUUAGGUUUCAUUAUCAUAAAUGGCUAAAUGGUGUGACUUAAGAUCAUAAAAAAAAAAGAAAAAAAUGAAAUAAAGAUUAUUUUAGUUUGAAAGAGCAUCUGAAUGAGAUUUUAAGUAAGGCGUGAAACACUUUUGCUGCAUCCCAAGUCGUCUACUUAUACUAUGCACUAAAAGUAUGUACUCUUUUUUUUUUUUCAUGAAGAUGAAGUACAUACAUUUACAUGUCCCAGUACUAGCAAAAGAGUAUGCUAGUACUGGGACAUACUAACGUGUCAUGUAAUGGAAGAGAACGUUGUUGCCUAGUUACCCACACCGUCACUGUAAACAAACUCCUCGUAGCAUUUCAGCUUUUCUUCAUUCUUUAGUCCUUUAUAUAAUUUCAUUUACCAUUCCCUUCAUUUAUUUUUCCACAUUUCAUUUACACCUCUCUAAAAUUCGGCAAAGUGAACCGUCACAAAAACUCCUCCUCCAUCGCACAAGGUUGUGGGCAAUAGUGUGUCCAUGGAUCCACAAAAUCUCCUGGAAAUAAUAGACCAUCUGGGUACCUUUUGGGAUACUCAUUUCAACAUACUACAAUUUGUUUAGUUUUUUAAAAUGUUAUUUUAAUUUAAAGUUACAGCUUUAACUCGACUGUUACAAAGUGCUGACACUGGAAAAGCUGAAGCAGGGAUACGUCAUCAAGACACGUUUGAAAACAGAGAUCAUUUACACAGCUAUCCCACUGUGCAUGUUUCCUAAUCCAGCAUGUAUCUAAAUCACGAACAUCAUCAACAUUCUGGUUUUAGUCAUCGUUCGGAGAAAACGCACACCUUUGCUACAUCACGUUCAGAGGCUCUUCUUAUUGGCUGCGCUUUGAAAACGAGUAAACUUGGUCAAAGUUGAACUUUAGUGCACUUUGAGCACAGCACCAAGGAUUUAUGGCUUUAUCCAUGAGGAAACAAUGGCUUCUUGCAGCGUUUAUUAUUACAUGGAGCGUCCGCCGUUCAAUUCCCUGAGUAUGAGCUGUUACUGUAGAAACAAUAAUGUACUGUAAUGUGCAUUAAUAACUCGUAUACCGUUUUAGAGCCAUCUCUAACCUCUUUCAUAUCCUAUGAGCUGCUUUGCUUCAGUUAUAUUAGGCACACUCCUUUAGCCCUGACCUCUGAUAUCAUCAUACACAUCAGUCACUCAUGCAGUACAUACAUUAUACUGUAUACUGUAAAUGCAAAGAUUUUGUCUCAAUUUUUUUAUAUAUAUUUUAUAUAGGUAUAUAUAGAUUAUCAAGUUGCUCAUCUGAAUUUCUGCCUCUGAGUAAUGGCACAUGGAUUGUUUCACAGUUCUGUGUCUAAAUCUGUCUGUCUUAGAAAAUGAGAUGAAUAAGAUUGAAUGUUUUAAUAACAAUAUGGAAUUACACAAUUAAACUUUUGCUAUGUAUCAUUUCUCUUCAGAAUUUCCUAGAAUUAAAUCUUAAUCUCUUUUCUCGUAAGUAGUUUUAGGAGAUAUAACGGAGAACAGCCUGUGCUGCUUAAUUCAUCGUAAUAUUGUUUAUUUCUUCAGAACAAGUUACAAAGCAAAAGUUUUCCUGUGGGAGUACAAUCUAUUGUUAGUACCAAAACACUUCAAAUGUUUUGAUCUCAUCAACCUGGUGCUGGUUUGGAAAUACUCAGUGCUGCAUCUUUUUUUUCCAUCCUCCCUACUUCAGUUUUAGCCAGAAGUCCUUUUGAAGGAGCCUCCGUCUGAACUGAAAACACGUACACACUUCUUCUAGACAUUAAAGCCGUGAAGUACGAUGCAAGGCUCCUGCCUGUCCGCAGGGGCCGCUCACUCUCUGGGUUAGGGAGGAAACGUUUGCCCCAUGGGGCAUAGGUUAGCACGCGGUACACGAAGAGAGAGUGUCCGGUGUCCAUCAGAUUACCUUACAGCACACAACAGAUACCCUUUACCUGAUUGGCCACUGGGGAGCUCAGUGGGCAGAACAAGACACCCUAUUUGCUUGUUUUAUUUUGUUCCAGUUCAUUGCAGGAGUACUACAGGUGAAGGACCUGUCACUGCGAUCUGUCAUGUUUUUGUCGUUUUUUUUGAUUUAUUAAUACGGAUGAGAUGUGAAGCAGGAUGAGAAGGGAGCAUUAUGGCAGUUCGGUUUGUGCUGCAGAGCUCAGGAAUGGAGGAGACUGUGUGGGAGCAGUACACUGUGACUCUACAGCGGGACUCCAAGAUGGGGUUUGGAAUUGCUGUGUCUGGUGGCAGAGACAAUCCCAACGUAGACAGCGGUGAGACAUCCAUCAUCGUGUCUGAUGUCCUGCAGGGAGGCCCAGCUGAUGGCUUACUGUAUGAGAAUGACCGGGUUAUACAGGUCAACAGCAUUCCCAUGGAGAACGUGUCUCAUUCCUUUGCUGUACAGCAACUCCGAAAAUGUGGGAAAGUGGCUAAAAUAACUGUGAAAAGACCUCGCAAAGUUGCCGUCCUCAAGCGUCCUCCUUCCCCAGACAGGGACAGCCGGGACUACAACCUGUCCAGCUACUACCCUGAAGAUAACCGCAGCACACACAGUGACCCAGAUUCGGAUUACCCCAGGGGCAACGGUGGACUGGGCUACCCGCGUGGACCAGAGCGGCACCGUGGCACCUUGGAGCAGGAGUACCGCAGCCGGGGUCGCAGCACAGACAGAUCACCCAGCCCAGAUAGGAACUACCGCAGGGAUGGGAGCCGGGGACGGAGCCUGGACCGCAGUGUCAGCCCUGAGCCACGCUACCAUGGGCAGCAGAGCCGUGGCCACGGGGCUGGUUACGGAGGCGGGGGCAGUCCAGCGCCAGGCUACGACUCGAAGAGAUAUGAGCCGGACAGGAUGAUGAGGAGUUACAGCAGAGAUCAGUUGCAGAAGGACUCACCUUCACCUAGUAGGGGGCGUGAGAGAGAUCAAGGUUACCAGGAGCCGCUGGAGCCACCGGUCAAUGUCCUGCUUGUGAAAAACAGGCCCAAUGAGGAGUAUGGUCUUCGGUUGGGCAGCCAGAUUUUCAUCAAGGAGAUGACCAGCACAGGACUGGCUGCCAGAGACGGGAACCUGCAAGAGGGUGACAUCAUUCUCAAGAUUAACGGGACGGUGACGGAGAACCUUUCUUUGAGUGAUGCGGGGAAGCUGAUCGAGAAGUCUCGAGGGAAACUUCAGCUGGUGGUGCAGAGGGACCACAGGCAGAUCCUGGUCCGCAUCCCGGCCCUGGCAGACAGCGACUCCGAGCCUGACGAUGUCUCUGAAAUGGAAUCGUACAGAUCAUAUUCACCACAAGAUGACCAAAGGUCGCGGCAGUCCGACAUUUCCUCCCAUUCCUCCAACGAGCUGCCACGAGAGAGUACCAGAGAAGAGCCCCAGAACAGGCUGGCCAAGACACCAUUGUCUCCUUACAAGGUCGGAGAAGAGCCACCUGCAGUGCAGAUAGAACAUGAAGAUCCACCAGAGGAGCCUCCAGCACCAAUCAGAAAAACACCCAAAAUUCUGCUGCGACCAAGCCCUGAGGAUGAGGAGAUGUAUGGGCCAAAUACUAUGAUGGUGAGCUUCCAGAAAGGGGAGAGCGUUGGCUUGCGGCUCGCAGGAGGGAACGAUGUGGGCAUCUUCAUCGCCGGUGUUCAGGAGGGCAGCCCUGCAGAGGAGGAGGGCCUUCGUGUUGGGGACCAGAUCAUGAAGGUGAAUAAUGUAGACUUUCGAGGAAUCGUACGUGAGGAGGCAGUGCUCUUCCUGUUGGAGCUCCCCAGAGGAGACAUCAUCACUAUAUUGGCACAGAGUAAAGCUGACAUUUACAAAGACAUCCUCGUGUCUGGACGAGGAGACUCCUUCUUUAUACGGACUCACUUUGACUAUGAGAAGGAACAGCCGCAGUGCCUGGCUUUUUCUCGAGGGGACAUCUUCAAAGUGGUGGACACACUGUAUGACGGCAAGCUGGGAAACUGGCUGGCUAUCCGUAUGGGCAAAGACAACCAGCUGCUGGAGAAGGGCAUCAUUCCCAACAAGAGCAGAGCUGAGCAGAUGACUAAUGUCCAGCACACUCCUAAAACUUCCACCAGUGACAGAGCUGACUUCUGGAGGCUCCGUGGCCAGAGAGCAGCUAAGAAGAAGGACUUGCGCAAGACCCGAGAAGAUAUGAGCCUCGUCUCCACACGCUUCCCUGCCUACGAACGGGUGGUGCUCAGAGAGGCUGGGUUCAGGAGGCCCGUGGUUCUGUUCGGUCCUAUAGCCGACGCUGCCAGUGAAAAACUGGCCACCGAGCUGCCAGAGGAGUUCGUCGUUGCCAAAACAGAACCUAAAGAUGCAGGGUCAGAGAAGUCUAGCGGAGUGGUGCGUCUCAACACCAUCCGACAGAUCAUUGAACAGGAUAAACAUGCUCUGCUGGACGUGACCCCCAAGGCCGUGGACACACUAAACUACACGCAGUGGUACCCCAUCGUCAUCUUCUUUAAUCCAGACAGUAAGCAUGGGGUGAAGACCAUAAGGCAGAGGAUCAUCCCUAACUCAAGCCGCAGUGCCCGCAAACUCUAUGACCAGGCCAUCAAGCUCAGGAAAUCCUGCUCACACCUCUUCACCGUUGUUAUUGAUCUGAACGCAGCCAAUGAUGCAUGGUACGGCAGUGUGAAAGACUGCAUUCGGCAGCAGCAGACCCAGGCAGUGUGGGUCUCAGAGGGGAAGCUGGACGGGACAGCUGAGGGAGACCUUGAUCUCCACGAUGACCGCAUGUCGUAUCUUUCGGCAAUGAGCGCCGACUAUCUGAGCAUGGACAGCCGUGUGACCAGCGACUACGAUGACACGGCUGACGAGGGAGGAGCCUAUACGGAUAAUGAGCCUGAAGAAACGCUGGAGCGUCAGAGAGUAUCAGCCAUCAGCAGAUCCUCUGAGCCGGUCAUGCCAGAGGAGAUCCUCAGGAAGUCCAGCCCAGAGAUCCGCUUCAACUCCCGCGUAUGGGUAGUGAGCAGAGAAUCGCCGGUUGAAACCAGCCCUCCUGUAAUGUCCACCUUUCUCCCUGAGCCACCCAAGAUCCUCCGCUCAGCCAGCCCUGCAGUCAUCCAGGUGAAACCGUUGGCUCAAGGCGAGACCCCACACGGACACUUCACCCAACCACGAGAUCCAAAUGCCAGCAACCCUGCCAACAUCGAGCACCAUCACAUCCAAAACCCGCCCAGUAUCACCAAACCUCUUCCACCUCCCAUAGCACUGAAGCCCACUUCCGUGCCCCGAGCCACCAGAGGCCUGAUGGACAGCCCAAUCAAGGACCGGGAGCGUCCAGAGCGGAGCCCUGAGGACCCUUCCCAGAAAUCCUUUCUGGGCAAGGUGAAAGCCUUUGAGAAGAUGGACCAAUUCGCAAGAGCACAAAGGGUUCUGGAAAUACAGCAGGCCCAGGAUGCCAGGUUGGAGAUUGCUCAGAAGCACCCAGACAUCUACGCUGUCCCAAUAAAAUCCCCGAAACUGGACCACAGCAGACCACAGCCUAUUGGAUCCAGCGCGAGGCCGGAACCUCAGACUCCUCCCUCUAAAGUGCCCUACUCAGACAGUAUUUCAGCCUGCCCCAGCAAAGAUGACACGGUUGAGGAAGAGUACCGGCAGCGGUCAGCAGACCCGACCAAACACGGCUACUAUCAGAACAAACAAGAAUAUCAGGACACAGAGCUGUAGAGCUUGUCUGCUCGAGCUCCACAUACUGUUCCACCAUUCCACCACCAGGGCUUCCAACAGCUGCUCACGCCCAAGCCUUUCUGCUGAAUUCUUUUCCUGAUCUUUUUGUAUUUUUAUUUAUUUCAGAUUUAACUCCAUGUGAACACGAUGGCAUAUUUGUUACAAAUAUAUAUCUGUAUAUAUGCCAGUUCAUUUUUUCCUUUGUUUGGAAAGGAGGAGCCAUUUCUUUUUCUUGCCUAUGCAACCAGUUUGGGUUUUUUUUUCAGAGCUGCUGAAACUUCUUGCCAUGACUCUUUGUCUUUUGCUACAUGACAACCUUAAGCCUGGUGUGUGCUACAGGCCAGAUUUUUUUGUUGUUGUUGUUAGUUUAUUUUGUGAGCCCAAUGAAGCAAAAUGUCUGCAGAAUGGUCUGAAAAGGCCACUCUUUGGAGUGUAUACACUUCUCAGCCUUUGCAUUCCGUCACUUCUGAUCACUUGAGUGUACGAUUAUAUAAUACAAUACACUGGAGUUUGUUACAAUGUUUUGAAGUGCCUUUUUCUUUCUGACUAAUACAGAGGUGUGGGGACUUGACAAUCCAGACCGCUGGACAAUAAAUAUUAUUCUGCUGCUCACAAGCUUCAAGGGCAAACAGGGAAAAGACGACACCAAAACCCUUAAUACUGUAAUACUGUUCACCUGCCACCCCCGUCUUUUACUGUUCGCAACAGCCAGGAGUAAUGAAGUCUGUUCAGUCGUAUUUCCCACAGCCUGGCUCAGGUUUGUGUGUGCGCGCGUGUGUGUGUGUGUGUGUGUGUGUGAGAGAGAGAGAGAGAGAGAGAGAGGGAAAGAGUGUUUGUCUACUGUGUUUGCUAUACGUCGCUAUACAUUGUUUUUAUUCCUCACAGCAUUUCAUUUUCUUUCUAUACUUCAUUCUUUGUUGGUCUGCUGUACCUUCAUAUGUUGGUUGAUAAGUGCUUUUAUAAUUCAUGAACAAUGUUUUGAUGGCCUCCAGUUUGUGUACAUAUUAUACAGUAAAUGCGUGCACUGACUGGACUUUAACACCAAAUAAAACAAAUCUACUGAACUACA